UUGCAUUUUUUCCUGUUGUUUGGACAAUUGUCCUGUUCGUCGUUUCACGGUUGUUAAGCAUCCACAGCACUGUUGUCACUAGUCAUCGACAACAGUAGUGGUAAUAGUAAUAGUAGUAGUAGUAACAGUAAUAGAAGCGUACAUAGCGUAAUUCAUUGAGAUACGCAUCUCAGUGUGAAUACUAUUCCAAAACUGUCCAACAAUGGGUCUCCUGUACAGGCUGCGGAAGAGCGUGAUAAAUUUUUUAAUUUUCUUCUUCCUGGUCGUAUUACUGCCGGGACUACCUCCGAACACGACUUUUCCAUUCGAAGGAUUCAGAUUUGCGAAACCCCGCGAGUUAAAAGGUGCACUUGAACCGACCGAUCAUCUUGACAACGCAGAACGCUUAUUUGAGGGAAAGAUUUAUGGACCGGAAACGAUACUAGUCCAUGGCAAAGAUCUUUUCACGACGAUACACGGCGGUGAGGUGAUUCGCAUCAAUGGCCAGCACAUUACACACAUAGCCAAGUUUGGCAAACCUUGUGAGCUUUCUUUCGAAGAGGAAAUUUGUGGUCGACCGCUCGGUAUGGCAUUCGAUACAAUCGGUUCAAAUUUGAUCGUAACCGAUGCCUACUACGGUCUGUGGCUUGUGGAUCUGACGAAGGGCAGCAAACAACAACUGGUUUCGCCCGACACCGUGCUAGAGGGCAAAGGAGUGAACCGAAAGCCGAAGUUGUUCAACAGUGUGGCAGUGGCGCGGAACGGAGAUAUUUUCUGGACCGACUCGUCCUCGGAUUUCACGGUUCAGGACGGUGUAUUUACCGUGUUUGCUAACCCGUCGGGGCGUCUAUUCCAACUCGAUCGAUCCACCGGAAAGAGCAAAGUAUUGUUGGAUCGACUGUACUUUGCCAACGGUGUUGCACUCAGCCCGGAUGAUGAGUUUGUGCUGGUUGCGGAAUCGAUGUCAUCCCAAAUCAGACGUUACUAUCUGAAGGGCCCAAAGGCCGGUGCCGACGAUAUUUUCAUCGAUGGCUUGCCGGGUCUGUUGGAUAACCUGAUUGCGGACUCGGAAGGAAUCUGGGCUCCGCUGGUACAGGCUGCCGAUAGUGAAAACCCGUCCGUUUCGCAGCUGUUGGCCAACGUACCGCUCAUUCGGAAAUUCCUUUGUCGUAUGUUAGCGUUGGCCGAAAUGCCGAUGCGUCUCAUCCACCAGGUGAUACCGAACGUUCACACGCAGCGGCUCAUCCACGCAAUCGGACAUUUUGAAUCUAUUGGCUUCCUGGCCCCGAGUCGUCAAACGGUGGUUAAAAUCAGCUGGACAGGAAGAAUACUUGGUUCGCUGCACGGUUCCGAUGGUUCUGCGGGUGCUGUUUCGCACGUAGCGGAAAUGGGCGACCAUCUUUACUUGGGAUCGCCUUUCAAUAAGUUCUUGGCCCGCGUUCCACUACCCAAAAUGCCCAAGAUUGAAGUCCGUGAUGUAAAGUAUAAAUCAGCUACGGAAACAACAGCCUUGCCGAAACAAACCGCCCCCACUACUCCGAAACCGACAACGACAACCACACCUGAACCAACGACAACCACACCUGAAGCAACGACAACCAUGCCUGAACCAACGACAACCACGCCGGAACCGACAACGACGACAACAACAACCCCAAAACCGAUAACUAAAACAACAACACCAACAACAAAACAACCAACCUCAACGACGACGGCAUCGAAACCAAAAAGCACUGCUGUCCCCAAGGGAACACCUUCAAAACCAACAGCUACAAAAAAGCAAGAGACAAAACCAACGGCAGCUUCCACGUCGACAACGCCAUCCGGGAAAUCAGCAGAACCUGCGCCGAUUCACGAAAAGGUACCCAACGACACACCAAAACCGAAACAGGAGAAACUGAAGGUGAUUAAGAAGGGAGGUGAACAAGGGGAGCUGUAGGAAUUCUUAUCAACAGCGUGUUCGAUACAAUCCGGCAGCUAAACGGUCAUCAGCCACAGCGUAUGGUAUGAUGGAACGCUUUACGAAAGCUGUUCAACCGGCACAAUCUUAUCGCGCAACAUUUGAAGAGCUGCAAAAACAAGAACACACACAGAACACUAGGAUAAACAGUGCAACUAGUUAACAUUUGCAUAGAAAACAUUUUUCAAUUUCCUAUUAGUUACCGAAACACUGCCAAACACCAGUACGCUGGUGUCGCGUAGUGCAGAGGUAAUACUAUGUACAAAGUAAGGACCGGAAAACCCUGACACAUUCAUACCACUACCCAGUGCAUCAUUCCACAAGACCAAAAGAAGGGACAGUCAUUAGCAGCUGUAAUGUGUAACAUUCUCGCUCAAGUCAUUCCAUGAGUGAUGUUUGUUUCCUCUAGUUAUGAUUGUUCCACUAGCUUAUCAUUGUAUUUCCAUUCCAUUACUAUCCCAGGUCAAGCAAAGUUAAGCGACUAUCCCAUGUCAAUGCGGAAAACAUAUGCGUACUCCUCCCGGUAGAGAAACGUAAUCGAGAUGAUCACUCCGUCUGUUUUUCCAGAGUAGGAAAACUUGACUGCGAUCUGUGAGAUUAAAAUAAAGGAAAUAAAGGAGGAAUCUGGCUAGCAAUAGACUCACUGAUCGGUAUUGAGCUCGGGAAAUUUUCGUUUUCGUAUACUCUCUAGUGGUAAUUAGAUGUACGCAUAGUGAAUGGGAUACAUGGUCUCUUGUGGGCUAAUGAUCGUUUGUUUGUUUUUGGUUUUUUGGCAUUAUACCAACACGAAAUAGUUGUUAAUCGGUGGGGAAGAAAAAUGAAAAAUAAAUUUGGUUUUCUUGGGUAUAGUGGAUAUAAGUGUUCAGAAAUAGUUUUAAACUGUUACUUGGUAAGAACAAACACUUCAAAUCAAAUAUUUAAUAAUCUAUCAAUUUUGUUAACUUAAGAAUGCCAUCCUCAAAAGAUGGAAACCAUUACAAUCUUCCCUAACACAACAAAAGCAAUCCCAAAUUCUGCCACGAAAAAUGAGUUUUUCAAAUAAAUGUUAUGAUAUUCUUUCUACU